CUCCUUCCUUCCUUGCUGCAUCCAUCGCAUAUAAAUAGACCUCCACGAGCAAUAUCAAACCCAAGCCACACAGCUAGCUCCUUUGUUCUUCUUCCUCUCCGGCAACUCAAUCCUCACAAACAGCGACCAGCAAAGCCAAGCCAAUUAAGCAGCUAGCUUUCAUUCCAUUCCACCACCAAGCUAGCUUCUUCUAGCUUUCUCCCACACAAGUGCUAAGUUGCUAACAAAUUCAAGUUGCUAAGAGCUUCUCUUCUUGCUUUCUUGCUCCUAAGUGCUUAAAACCUGCAAAAGAGAUCGACAUGGGCAGCAUUGACACCAACCCCACGGCCUUCUCCGCCUUCCCCGACGACGACAAGUCGUUCCAGCCACUCAACACCGAUGAUGUCCGCGCCUAUCUCCACAAGGCCGUCGACUUCAUCUCUGAUUACUACACCAACGUCGAGUCCAUGCCCGUGCUCCCCAACGUCAAGCCGGGGUACCUCCAGGACCAGCUCAGCGCCUCUCCGCCGACUUACUCGGCUCCCUUCGACGUCACCAUGAAGGAGAUCCGCAACUCCGUUGUCCCCGGCAUGACCCACUGGCAGAGCCCAAACUUCUUCGCCUUCUUCCCUUCCACCAACAGCGCCGCCGCCAUCGCCGGUGAUCUCAUCGCCUCCGCCAUGAACACCGUCGGGUUCACGUGGCAGGCCGCCCCUGCUGCCACUGAGAUGGAGGUGCUCGCGCUCGACUGGCUUGCCCAGCUGCUCCGCCUGCCAACCACCUUCAUGAACCGUACGAGCUCUGGUCGUGGAACCGGCGGUGGCGUCAUCCUCGGCACUACUAGUGAGGCCAUGCUUGUCACGCUCGUCGCUGCCCGUGACGCCGCUCUACGCCGGAGCGGUUCUGUCGGCGUCUCUGGCCUGCCUAAAUUGGCGGUCUACGCCGCCGAUCAGACCCACUCCACGUUCUUCAAGGCAUGCCGUCUCGCCGGCUUUGACCCCGCCCACAUCCGCUCCAUCCCUACCGGGCCGGAGACCGACUACGGCCUUGACCCCGUGAAGCUUCUCGAGAUCAUGCAGGCCGAUGUCGAUGCUGGCCUCGUGCCGACAUAUGUCUGUGCCACUGUCGGCACCACCUCCUCCAACGCCGUCGAUCCGGUGGGCGCCGUCGCCGAUGUUGCUGCCAUGUUCAACGCGUGGGUCCACGUCGAUGCUGCCUAUGCUGGCAGCGCGUGCAUCUGCCCCGAGUUUCGGCACCAUCUCGAUGGUGUGGAACGUGUGGACUCCAUCAGCAUGAGCCCACACAAGUGGCUCCUCACCUGUCUCGACUGCACAUGCCUCUAUGUCCGAGAUGCUCACCGACUGAGCGACGCGCUGGAGACGAACCCCGAGUACCUCAAGAAUGAUGUCACGGACUCUGGGGAGGUCACUGACCUCAAGGACAUGCAGGUCGGCGUGGGCCGCCGCUUCCGUGGGCUCAAGCUAUGGAUGGUCAUGCGCACCUACGGCACCGCCAAACUCCAGGAGCACAUCCGCAGCGACGUCGCCAUGGCCAAGAUGUUCGAGGACCUCGUCGGCGCCGAUGAUCGGUUCGAGAUCGUCGUGCCGAGGAACUUCGCUCUCGUGUGCUUCCGAAUCAAGGCAAGUGGUGCCAUGACGGAGGAAGACGCCGACGAGGUGACCCGUGAGCUCAUGGAGCGGCUCAACAAGACCGGCAAGGCUUACCUGGCGCACACGGUGGUCGGCGGUAGGUUCGUGCUCCGCUUCGCGGUGGGGUCGUCACUACAGGAGGAGAGGCACGUGAGGGGCGCGUGGGAGCUCAUCAAGAAGACAACCACUGAGAUGAUGGAUUAACUUAGAGCUGAGACUUCAACGAACUACGAGGACACACAGAUCCAUACAUUUUGGGCAAAACCAUUCUUUUCCAUUUUCAUUUUGUUUCGAUUAUUGUUUGUAAUUCAAUCCAAAUAAUUAACUAUUUUGAUUCUACUUGAA